CGUGCCCUUUUUAAUAGCUUAUUCUCAUUAUCCUCCCCGUGCUUCUUUGCUUCCCUUCAAGCAGAGCAGCAUCUAUCUCCAACUUUUCCUGAUUCCAGUUAUCAGUCGAUUCAAAUAUGCAACUGUUAUCCGCUUUCGUCCCUGGUUUAUCAGCUUCAUCUAUGGAGAUAUACAGAUCUGAGUUAUUAGAAGAUAAUUCAAGUAUACUUCAUCACUUAUUCGCAGAAGAAGAGAGUCGAGAUAUGAAUCAUUGUGGAAUCCAACAGAAAAACACCUUCGCAUCCACUUGUGAAGAGAUGAGGAACUCCGUUUCAGUUUCUGUAUCGUUUGACAAAUCGGAGCAUCAUAUGGUGUGUCCAAAACCUAGGCGGCUCAGCCUCUUCAACGACCCUGUCAAGCCUUUGAGAUGGCAGAUGUGCUAUCAACCAGAACCAUAUGAAUCCAAAGCAAGCAUUGACCUAUUGGAAAUCAUCUUUGAAAAGGGUAGUGGAUAUGGUGGAUCCGAACCGUUUUUCAGUGGGUCACCACCAAGUAGAGUAUCUAACCCGUUAACACAAGACACCCGAUUCGGAUAUGGGGACAACAUUUUAUCCCUGCCCGGGCUUAAUGCUUAA